AUGGACUCGCAACCUCCGCCUCAAUAUACAGAUACAGUUACCGUUGAGCAACCACAUCCCAUCGCCAUUCCAGCUGUUUACUUCGGCAAAGAACCUGUUGAUACGCUCUGCAUUCAUUGUGGACACCGUAUAAGAACGUCGACUGAAUUUGUGACAGGACCUUGUACACACAUUUCUGCAGCAAUAAUUUGCUUAUUUGGGUGA